GAGAGGGGGAGCGAUUGGUAGAGAGAGAAAGUGAGAGAGGGAAAGGGAUUGGUAUUUUUAUUUUUCUCACUUUGAUGCGUUUGUUGGGCCUAUGAGAUUUUCUCCAUCACCCGUUUUCAUUUCCUCGAGGUUCCUUCGGAGAGAGCGAAAGAGGAAGCCAAGAUAGUUUUCUUUUUUUUUUUUUUUUGGUUCUUUGAUUGGAACUUGCUUGGAAAAUUUGCGUGGUUUUCCUGAAUUCAAGAAUCGAGGAUCUGAGCUAGGGUUUCGGUUGUGAUAAUUCUCCGAGUUGAGGGGGGAUCGUUCGAGGUGGGGGGCUUUGAUUUCACGAGUGGAUCAAAAUGGUGAUUAGGAAUGCGAAUUUGCGGAAAUUCUAGCUCCGAUCUCGAAGGUAGGGCUCGAAUCGAGGAUUGAAGCAAUGGAUGUGGAUUCGUCGUCCAUGGUGCCGGAGACCGAUCACGAUCCGGGGGUGCAGAACCACAAUACGGCGUCGUCUCCCGCUGCAAUGGAGAGAGAGCAGCUAGCGGAGGCAUCGCCGGCUCAGUCUCCGUCGCAACCAUCUCCGCCACAGCAGCAGCAGCAGCAGCAGCAGCAAACGGUGUCGCAAGUGCAACAGAACCCGGUGGUUGGGCCGAGGCACGCGCCGACCUACUCGGUGGUGAAUGCGGUUAUAGAGAAGAAGGAGGAUGGGCCGGGCCCAAGGUGUGGCCACACGCUCACGGCGGUUGCGGCGGUCGGGGAGGAGGGCACGCCUGGGUACAUUGGUCCCAGGCUGAUUUUGUUUGGAGGUGCCACGGCGCUCGAGGGAAAUUCCGCGGCUACGGGGACUCCUUCGUCAGCUGGAAGCGCUGGCAUCCGACUAGCGGGUGCUACAGCUGAUGUGCACUGUUAUGAUGUUUUGACAAAAAAAUGGUCUAGGAUCACUCCCUUUGGAGAACCACCCACACCGAGGGCUGCUCAUGUGGCCACUGCUGUGGGAACUAUGGUAGUUAUUCAGGGUGGAAUUGGUCCAGCUGGUUUGUCUGCUGAGGAUCUUCAUGUUCUUGACCUCACACAGCAACGUCCACGAUGGCAUAGAGUUGUUGUUCAAGGCCCUGGGCCUGGGGCACGUUAUGGACAUGUGAUGGCUUUGGUGGGGCAAAGGUAUCUAAUGGCAAUUGGUGGGAAUGAUGGGAAACGGCCUUUGGCUGAUGUAUGGGCCCUGGACACAGCUGCCAAGCCUUAUGAAUGGCGCAAGUUGGAACCAGAAGGGGAGGGUCCGCCUCCAUGCAUGUAUGCAACUGCAAGUGCACGCUCAGAUGGUCUUCUUCUGCUUUGUGGAGGGAGGGACGCGAACAGUGUGCCACUAGCAAGUGCAUAUGGACUUGCUAAACAUAGGGAUGGUCGGUGGGAGUGGGCAAUUGCCCCUGGUGUAUCACCAUCUCCGAGAUAUCAACAUGCAGCAGUCUUUGUUAACGCACGGCUUCAUGUGUCUGGAGGGGCACUUGGUGGGGGGCGCAUGGUAGAAGACUCAUCAAGUGUUGCAGUGUUGGAUACUGCAGCAGGCGUUUGGUGUGAUACAAAAUCUGUUGUUACUACUCCUAGAACAGGCAGAUAUAGUGCUGAUGCUGCUGGUGGAGAUGCUGCAGUCGAAUUGACAAGGCGUUGCAGGCAUGCAGCAGCUGCAGUUGGUGACUUAAUAUUUAUUUAUGGUGGUUUACGUGGUGGUGUGUUGCUUGAUGACCUACUUGUUGCUGAAGAUCUAGCUGCUGCUGAAACAACAAGUGCUGCCUCACAUGCUGCGGCUGCGGCUGCUGCAUCUAAUCAAGCAGGUCGGUUACCUGGAAGGUAUGGAUUAAUUGAUGAAAGGACAAGGCAAGCAAUGCCUGAAGCAGCUCCUGAUGGUGCAGUUGUGCUGGGAAAUCCAGUUGCUCCCCCUAUAAAUGGUGACAUGUAUACUGAUAUAAGCACAGAAAAUGCCAUGCUCCAGGGAACACGGAGACUGAGCAAAGGUGUUGAGUAUUUAGUUGAAGCAUCAGCAGCAGAAGCAGAGGCUAUCAGUGCCACGUUAGCUGCUGCCAAGGCACGGCAAGUUAAUGGAGAAGUUGAACUGCCUGACAGAGAUCGUGGGGCAGAGGCUACCCCUAGUGGGAAACAGAUAUCUACCUUAAUCAAGCCUGAUUCUGCUGGGCCAAAUAGUAUUGGUCCAGCUGGUGUUCGACUGCAUCACAGAGCUGUUGUUGUAGCUGCAGAGACUGGUGGAGCUUUAGGUGGUAUGGUCAGACAGCUUUCAAUUGAUCAGUUUGAAAAUGAAGGCAGGCGGGUCAGUUACGGGACCCCAGAGACUGCUACUGCUGCUAGAAAACUAUUAGAUCGACAAAUGUCCAUCAGUAGUGUGCCCAAGAAGGUCAUAGCGCAUCUUCUAAAGCCUCGUGGAUGGAAGCCUCCAGUUCGCCGGCAAUUUUUUUUAGAUUGCAAUGAAAUUGCUGAUCUUUGUGACAGUGCUGAGCGGAUAUUUUCAAGCGAACCAAGUGUCUUACAGCUUAAAGCUCCCAUCAAGAUAUUUGGUGAUUUGCACGGGCAAUUUGGGGAUCUCAUGCGCCUUUUUGAUGAGUAUGGAGCACCUUCAACUGCUGGGGAUAUUGCAUAUAUCGAUUAUCUCUUCUUAGGAGAUUAUGUUGACCGAGGCCAGCACAGCCUGGAAACCAUUACUCUCCUGCUUGCUUUAAAGGUGGAAUAUCCCCUAAAUGUACAUUUAAUUCGUGGGAAUCAUGAAGCUGCAGAUAUUAAUGCACUUUUUGGCUUCCGGAUUGAGUGCAUUGAGCGUAUGGGUGAGAGAGAUGGAAUAUGGGCAUGGCAUCGGAUCAACCGAUUGUUCAAUUGGCUUCCUCUGGCAGCUUUAAUUGAAAAGAAAAUCAUCUGUAUGCAUGGUGGUAUUGGUCGAUCUAUAAAUCAUGUGGAACAGAUUGAGAAUCUUCAGCGUCCAAUUACAAUGGAAGCAGGCUCAAUCGUGCUUAUGGAUUUAUUGUGGUCUGACCCAACAGAAAAUGACAGCGUAGAAGGAUUGCGGCCUAAUGCUAGAGGUCCAGGGUUAGUUACGUUCGGGCCCGACCGUGUCAUGGAAUUCUGCAACAACAAUGAUCUUCAGUUGAUUGUACGAGCACAUGAAUGUGUAAUGGAUGGGUUUGAGCGCUUUGCCCAGGGACAUUUGAUUACACUUUUCUCGGCCACCAACUACUGUGGUACUGCAAAUAAUGCAGGAGCAAUCUUGGUUUUGGGUAGGGAUCUGGUGGUGGUUCCAAAACUUAUUCAUCCCUUUCCACCAGCAAUUUCAUCGCCAGAAGGAUCACCAGAACGUCAUAUAGAGGAUACAUGGAUGCAGGAGCUGAAUGCUAACAGACCUCCAACCCCAACUAGAGGCCGUCCUCAAGUAGCAAAUGAUCGAGGCUCUCUUGCGUGGAUAUAGUAUAUUGGUCGGAAUCGUUUCCCUGUAUUCAUGAAAGGCACAUAUUGUCAGCUGGGGUUACUUUUCUGUAUGGCGAAUGAUGCCAUAUACAGGGGAUUCCUGUAUUUGUCAUAUGGUUCCCUGAUGAAAAUUGGAAAUUUUGGGUUCUCACUGCUCAAUUGGAAGCAGUUGAGGAAGAUGGGGGGGUUUGGAGAAGCAGGUUGCAGGCGGCGGAUAGGUUUUGUUUGAUGUGCCAAGAGUUACAAUUUCGGGUCUGCUCACCGUUGUAAAUUGAGCUACGGGCAGGUAGAAAUCAGUUCUUUGUUGUUUCUUCCUAUGGGUUGGUAGUGAUUGGUAUUUUUCACAUUAAUUAUAUAUUUUUUAUUCCUUGUUUUAGGCCUAUUAUUUUUUCUCUUUUUGAGAGGACAUGAGGUCUUUUAUAUGUGAUUGUGAGAUAUAUAUAAUCUUUGUGGGCGUCCAUGUAUCAUAGAGGUGUUGCUUUGUGUAAUUUUCAUCUCUUUUCUGUACAAUGUAACUUGUGUGUGAGGAUAACAAACGUUUUUGCCCGACACAUGAAGAAAUACGUGAAGUUUUGGCAAUAGAAUGUUUUAUUUUGAUUUA